AGAGUGACAAUGUGCUCCGAAUCAUCGGCACACGUGCAUGAGAUUUGAGAUUUCUAGUUUCUAGGUUAAGUAGUGUUCCAAAGAAAUUUGGAGAGAAUAGCGAAUGAACAAUAACUGGGUGCGAAAAUUGUAAAAAAAUGUCGGAAAGUGCGGAAAUAAGUGGUGUAAAGAGUGUGAAGCGUAAAAAGAAAAGAUCAUCGAUGCAAAUGGCCAAAAAAUAUGCGCGUAGAAGUGAACGUGGACAUGGUACUGAGCUAGAUUCGGAGACGUAUCAAUACAUGGUGAGAAUAUUAGAAAUGUUGCGUCAAGAUUUCAAUGAUCCUGAAGAAAAACUAAACUUUGUGAAUAAUGUUUAUGAACAAACGAUCGGUCGUGAAAUAGAGUACGCGCGAAAUCAAGUUGGUUCGAGAGUUUUAGAUUCUCUCUUGAAAUACGCAAAUUACGAAGCAAUAAAGAGACUCUCAGACGCUUUGAGUGAAUCAUUGCGACCGAUUUGUAGCGACAGAUUCGCCAGUCAUGUUCUGGAAGAAAUCAUUAAAGUCUGUGCCGCUCGUGGUAAUCCGAACGAACAUAAUUUGAAUAAUGAUUCUGAAAAAAUUCACGUUCCAGUUGAGAAAGACGAAGUAGAAAAAUAUAACGAAAUUGCGUUGAAAUUGUGCCGGUACGUUGUCAACAAUUUCGAGGAAUUCGUCUGGGACACUUAUGCCAAUCACGUUUUGCGAACAGUCCUUGAAUGUCUAGGAGGCGUUUUUGAGGUGACCAAAGAUUGCGGCAACAAAAAAUCGACUACGAACUAUACAAAUCGGAGAUCGGUCAACCAAAACUUUACAGAUUUGUUGGUCGAUGCUGCCAAUAGAUUACUCAAUUGGCCUCAGUUCCUGGAGUUUGGUAAAGACGAAUUAACUUCGGCCUUGACUCAAACCUUGCUCCACACACUCAAACCAAUCGACUCGAAACUGAGCUCCAAAAUUGUUAAAAAAAUCUGUGAAGCUUUUACUGAAAACAGCCCUGAACAACUAUCCACAAUAUUUCAUGAGGACUCUUCCGAAAGGCUGCUAGAAGUCUGCCUUGCCGUUGCUAAGUCUAAAACCUUCGAUUGGCUUCACAAGAGAUUUUUUGUUGGCCGUCUCAAAGAGUUGAGUCUCAUGUCAGGAGGAAAUUUUGCUGUUCAGCGUUUAUUGGAUAACUGCCACUCCAAGGAAACUUUUGAAGAGAUUUUUGAUGAAUUAACACCCCAUUUGGGUUCUAUUCUAGAAAGAAAAAAUACAGGGAUUGUUGCCAGCUUGGCUAAUGCUUGUGAGAGGCUACAAUGUCGUCAGGGUCCUUUUGUUAGCAGUAUUUCAAAAACUUUGAACUGUGAAGAAGCCGAAAAACAAUCUAAAAUCGUUCCAGCAGUAGCUGCGCUUCAGAGCAGUGAAAAAAUCCAAGAAAGCAGCGAAACUCAUGAUUCCAAGCUGGAGAUAAAUCUUCACGGGAGUAUAGCUCUUCAAGCAAUGCUGCGCUUCAACAAGCCCAUAAAAAUUGUCAACUCUCUGCUCGCCAUGAAGCCCGAAGAUGUAGUUGAGUUAUUCAGCAAUCCUAAGGGCAGUAGAAUUUUAGAUGCUUUCAUGGAAAGUAAAUUCAUCGGAGAAAAAAGUCGUGAAAAAUUGGCAAAGAGUCUCCAGGGUCAUUGGGUCGAUUUAGCCAAAGGAAUACACGGUUCUCGUUGCCUUGAGAAGAUUUGGUCAUGGUCGAAAAGCAAUCAGAGACAUUGGAUCAUGGAGGAACUUGCCAGAGCCGGUGAAUCCUUAAAUUCUACUAAAACUGGCAAAAUUAUUUCUGCCAAAUUAAACGUGCCUCUUUACGCAAGAAAUAAGAAAGACUGGUCUGACGCUCAGGGCAAAGAGGCAAAAACGAAAGCUCUCUUCGCUGACAUCAUUGGAGACCUUGGUUCGAAAAACAAAAAUGAAAAAAUUCCAAAAAUAUAAGUCUUCUCCGCACAAGAUACAUAUUUUUUCUGUAACAAUGUUAUUUUGUACGAAUAUCUUUCUCCACUGUACAUAGAAAAAUAUGAUUAAACUUUUGAACUCACAUGCCACUCCAACUCUUAAAAAUUCCCAUAAAAAUAGCUUGAAGAAAUGAAAAACUUUAAUUUCGGUUCUUUUACGAUAUAGAAUAAUAUAUGUAUUUCAUUAAUUCUUAAAUACAUUUCCUUUUUUCAUA